GAGAAUUGUGUUAUGUGAUGUUUUUGCACGUGAGAGCAAUCCUAGAGAAUUUGUAGUGGAUAUACUGUAAGGAUGGGGAGUCUUCUGGAAAAUAUGUGAUUUUUUAUCAGUUGUGUUUAAAUGUGAAAGUGGUUGUUGAAGGUUAAGAAGGGGGAACCAUCCUGAAGGAGUGUGUCGCCUGCGAAGAGUCAACACAAGAAGACGCAAAAUGCCAGGCGGAAGAAGAGGAUUGGUUGCUCCGCAGAAUACAUUCUUGGAGAAUAUCAUCAGGAGAUCAAAUUCCCAACCCGACAGCUCCUUCCUCCUGGCAAAUGCUCAAAUUGUGGAUUUUCCAAUAGUCUAUUGCAAUGAGUCAUUUUGCAAGAUCAGCGGUUACAAUCGGGCAGAAGUAAUGCAAAAAUCCUGCCGCUGUGGUUUCAUGUAUGGUGAACUAACGGAUAAAGAGACUGUGGCACGACUGGAGUAUUCACUGGAGAAUCAACAGCACGACCAGUUUGAGGUGUUACUGUAUAAGAAAAACAAGACACCACUAUGGCUCCUACUUCAGAUUGCGCCCAUAAGGAACGAGAGGGAUCUCGUGGUGCUAUUUUUGCUCACAUUCCGGGAUAUCACAGCACUGAAGCAGCCCAUCGACAGCGAAGAUACCAAAGGUGGUCUCUCCAAAUUCGCCAAAUUGGCACGUUCCGUCACAAGAAGUCGCCAAUUUACCGCACAUCUUCCAACACUCAAAGACCCCACAAAACAAUCACAUUUGGCUCAUAUGAUGUCGCUGAGUGCAGAUGUGAUGCCACAAUAUCGACAGGAAGCUCCCAAAACACCGCCACAUAUUCUCCUCCAUUAUUGUGCAUUCAAAGCAAUUUGGGAUUGGGUGAUACUAUGUUUAACUUUUUAUACUGCGAUUAUGGUACCAUAUAAUGUAGCCUUCAAGAAUAAAACCUCAGAGGAUGUGUCACUUUUAGUGGUUGACUCUAUCGUAGAUGUUAUAUUUUUCAUAGAUAUUGUAUUAAAUUUUCACACUACAUUCGUGGGGCCCGGGGGUGAGGUGGUGAGCGACCCCAAAGUGAUACGUAUGAACUACUUAAAGUCGUGGUUCAUCAUCGAUUUGCUCAGUUGCUUGCCUUACGAUGUCUUCAAUGCAUUCGAUCAUGAUGAUGAUGGAAUCGGUUCUCUAUUCAGUGCUCUAAAAGUCGUGCGAUUGUUGCGACUGGGACGAGUGGUACGGAAAUUGGAUAGAUAUCUCGAAUAUGGAGCGGCAAUGCUGAUUCUAUUGCUCUGCUUCUACAUGCUAGUUGCCCACUGGUUGGCUUGCAUUUGGUAUUCCAUUGGUCGGAGUGAUGCAGACAAUGGGAUUCAGUUUAGUUGGUUGUGGAAGUUGGCAAAUGUUACCCAAAGUCCCUAUUCAUAUGUCUGGUCCAAUGAGACGAAUGCACCGGAACUCAUCAAUGGACCAUCGAGGAAGACAAUGUAUGUCACAGCUCUCUACUUCACAAUGACAUGCAUGACUUCGGUGGGUUUCGGAAAUGUCGCCGCCGAGACGGACAACGAGAAGGUGUUCACCAUCUGCAUGAUGAUAAUUGCAGCCCUGCUCUACGCAACAAUCUUUGGUCAUGUUACCACCAUCAUUCAGCAAAUGACAUCAGCUACGGCCAAGUAUCAUGACAUGUUGAACAACGUAAGGGAGUUCAUGAAGCUCCAUGAAGUCCCCAAGGCGCUGAGUGAGCGUGUCAUGGAUUACGUGGUCUCAACUUGGGCCAUGACGAAGGGCCUCGACACAGAGAAGGUCCUCAACUACUGCCCCAAAGACAUGAAAGCUGACAUCUGUGUCCACCUCAAUCGGAAGGUCUUCAAUGAACAUCCGGCCUUUCGCCUUGCUUCCGACGGGUGUCUCCGUGCCCUCGCCAUGCACUUCAUGAUGUCCCAUUCAGCACCGGGAGAUCUCCUCUAUCACACGGGAGAGAGUAUUGAUAGUCUCUGCUUCAUUGUGACGGGGAGUCUUGAGGUGAUUCAAGACGAUGAAGUUGUUGCAAUAUUGGGCAAAGGUGAUGUCUUCGGUGAUCAAUUCUGGAAGGAUUCGGCUGUUGGACAAAGUGCUGCCAAUGUCAGAGCACUCACUUAUUGUGAUCUGCAUGCCAUAAAGCGAGAUAAGCUGCUGGAAGUACUGGAUUUUUAUCAGGCUUUUGCUAAUAGCUUCGCAAGAAAUUUAGUUUUAACAUACAAUUUAAGACAUCGCCUUAUAUUUAGAAAAGUAGCGGAUGUUAAGAGAGAGAAGGAGUUGGCAGAGAGACGUAAGAAUGAGCCACAACUUGCCACAAAUCAGGAUCACUUGGUGCGGAAAAUAUUCUCAAAGUUUAGGAGAACGCCACAAGCAACAUCUGAGUCAAAAGACGGAAAUGCAACACAAAGUGAUGCUGAGAAGGGCGAUGCUGAGACAGACCGAGGAAAGCUUCCGGCCAAGUUGACCCUCACGGAGGACAGUCGAGUCUUGGGUUCAGUACCGUCGCCAUCACCCUCACCGUCGCCUUCAUCGGGUCCACCGUCGGCACGUGGAACCAGAGCCAGCAAGUGGGGACGUCUUCUGGGCAGUUCCAGUGUUGAUUCUGCUAGUGAAACCAGCACCAAAGUGGCUGUCUCGAGGAGUCUCAGUGCCCGCGAGAGUCUCAGGGAGAGCGCUCAAGGCAGGCAGAGCAGUACGUCCAGUAGUAAUGGCGGGCAAGGAAAUAAGGUAUUUCCCAAGACGCCAAAACUGUCACCGGGUCCGGCAUCGUUGGCUCGUCAGGACACUAUUGACGAGGGUGGUGAGGUAGAUCCAUCACCACCGCGUGAUCGGCCACCGCUGCAUGUGGAGCGUGAGCAGAGGUCAUCACUGGAGCGACAGCCAACGGAGCGAGAUCGUCUGCUGGAUCCGGCAUUGAUGGCACAGAAGGAGCGGGAAAGAUUGGAGAGGAAUCUGUCGUUGGAACGGGAGCGCCAAAUCGAAAUGGCAUGCUCUCGUGCCACGACAUCAGAUACCUACGAUACGGGACUGAGGGAACAACCGCCAACGCUAGCACAGAGAGAUCUCAUUGCUACGGUGCUGGAUAUGAAAGUGGAUGUACGGCUGGAGAUGCAGAGAAUGUCACAGCGAAUUGGGAAGAUUGAGGAUUUACUGGCGGAGCUGGUGAAGCGACUAUCUGCAGAUGCUACGACGUCAGGUGCAAGUUCUCCAGCGAGUGGGAUGCCUGAGGAUGCUGGUCCCAUUCCAGUUAUUCCCACCACAAUCUCCAUGGGAACAAUUACGACGUCCGUUGUACCACCACCGAGUACGAGUAGCGGUGCUAUGGCCACAGUCGCAAAUCCUGCUACAAGCCAAGGGACUGGUUCGGGGGGCAAUGGCCUGGGUCCGAUCCUGCUCCGAAAGCGUCGCUCCAAGAGCAGGAAGGCCCCAGCGCCCCCAAAACAGAGCCCCGAGCAGGCGCGACUGUUGGACCCAGAACCACCCACCGCGCCCCCAGCCACCACCCGCAAACGCGAGUUUCUCUAGCCCAGGAUUUUGGUGCGCCAUCAGAGUGACAAUAGUGGUGGUGAGCACUAGAGUCAUGGAUGGCGCCCCAGACACAUCCCCUUUUCCCAUCUCUCUCUCUCUCUCUCUAGGGCUGUUUGCUCGGUCUUUCCCUCCCAAUUUCUUCUUGCGCGACUGAGCAACUCCUCUACCGGCAAUAUACUUUUAAGAUAAAUUAGGGAAACUGCAUGUGACCAAUUUUUGCUCUAGGUACAACUAUACCAAGAGAUUUCCAUUGUAUACAUGAAGAAAGUGUUACAGUUCACAUGAUAACGAAAGAACAUAGAGUAGAUUGGAGUGGUACAACAGGUACAACUUCCAGAAAAAGAAUUAUAAGUUCAUUAAAUAUAGCAUAUUUUAAAUCAAUUAAGAACUUUUAUGUUAAUGUCAGAUUCACAUGAUGAGAGGAGGACGUUUGCUCCUGGACCAAAAAUUGACGUUAAUUGACAACGAACUUAAUUGUUUUAUUUCCAAGAAUUGCUUUAGAUUUCUUAGGAAAUUCAAUUUAUUUUUUAUAGGAAAAAAAGAAACUAAUUUUCCUUUCUCUCUUAUUUAGAAAGAUCCUGGACAAAUUUUGUAGAUAAAAAUAUACAGCAAAUUAUUUAAAUUCCGAAGCUAUUACGGAAAAGUCCUUGUCCUUUACUUCUCCUUAUAUUCUAAAAACAAAUACUAAGCAAUAGAUUUAAUCGAAUUUUAAGAUCUAAAUUUCAUUACAGCAAUUUUCAAAAUAAUCCAAGACUUUAUCUUUUAAAACCAGGGUAAGUGUUCAUAAUUUGGGACAGCUUUUAAUUUUGGACACUUUGAGGGUAAAGUUGGACACUACAAAUUGAUUUAAAUUAUGGAAUUUCCUUCGAAAAUUUCAUGAAUAGUGUAUUCCAUCUAGUUAUUUAUUCAUUUUAGAAGAUAUUAUCACUGAAUUCGUUCAAUUUUCAAUAUAAUUUGAAUUACAAUUACUGCUUUGUUCGCUUUGUUCCUAACUAAAGAACAGUUUCUAACUAGAUGUAUGAUAAAUCUUUGUAUUAAUUCACAUUGAAAGUUAUAUGUUAAUUCGACUGGGAGUAAAAUUUCUUAAAUGAAUUACGUCUAAAAAAUAGAAAA